CCGCGCGCCGGGGCAGCGGCGACAGAGCGCCAUGGCGGCGGCUGUGUCGGCGGCGCCCAGUAGUCGCGCCGCGGGGAGGUGAGAGGCCGCCUCGUCUCCGCACUGAGAAGGCUCGGGCCGCCCCGCCGCCUUCCGCGCGGGCCGCGGCUCCGGCAUGGCUGGGAUCAUUAAGAAGCAGAUCCUGAAACACCUGUCCCGGUUCACUAAGAAUCUAUCUCCAGACAAAAUCAACCUGAGCACCCUGAAAGGAGAGGGUCAGUUGACCAACCUGGAGCUGGAUGAAGAGGUUCUGCAGAAUGUGCUGGAGCUGCCCACCUGGUUAGCCAUCACUCGGGUCUACUGCAACAGGGCCUCCAUCCGGAUCCAAUGGACAAAGUUGAAGACACACCCAAUUUGCUUGUGCCUGGAUAAGGUUGAGGUGGAGAUGAAGACCUGUGAGGAGCCGCGGCCCCCCAAUGGACAGUCCCCCAUCGCCCUUGCUUCAGGACAGAGUGAAUAUGGCUUUGCUGAGAAGGUGGUGGAGGGGAUGUUCAUCAUCGUCAACUCCAUCACCAUCAAGAUUCACUCCAAGGCCUUCCACGCGUCUUUUGAAUUGUGGCAACUCCAGGGUUAUAGCGUCAACCCCAACUGGCAGCAGAGUGACCUUCGUCUGACCCGCAUCACCGACCCCCACCGAGGAGAGGUUUUAACAUUUAAGGAAAUAACCUGGCAGACACUGCGAAUUGAGGCAGAUGCUACAGAUAAUGGUGACCAGGACUCCAUCACUACCCCAUUGAGGCUUAUUACCAACCAGGGCAGGAUCCAGAUAGCCCUCAAGAGAAGAACCAAAGACUGCAAUGUGGUGGCUUCCAAGCUGAUGUUCCUACUGGAUGACCUGCUCUGGGUGCUCACGGACUCCCAGCUCAAGGCCAUGAUGAAGUAUGCAGAGUCCCUGAGUGAGGCCAUGGAGAAGUCUGCCCAGCAGCGGAAGAGCCUGGCCCCCGAGCCUGCGCAGGUCACACCACCUGCUCCCAUUGCCCAGCAGUCCUGGGCCCAGGCCUUUGGUGGCAGCCCAGGCAACAGCGGUGGCAGCAGUAGCAGCAACAGCAACAGCAGCCGCCUCAGCCAGUACUUUGAGAAAUUCGAUGUGAAGGAGUCCUCCUACCACCUGCUCAUCUCCCGCCUGGACCUGCACAUCUGUGAUGACAGCCAGUCACGAGAGCCAGGUGUCUCUGCAAACAGGCUCACGGGUGGCGCCAUGCAGCUAACCUUCCGCAAGAUGGCAUUUGACUACUACCCGUUCCACUGGGCAGGUGAUAGCUGCAGACACUGGGCUCGGCACUGUGAGGCCAUGGAGACCAGAAGCCAGUGGGCCCAGAAGCUGGUGAUGGAAUUCCAGAGUAAAAUGGAGAAGUGGCAGGAAGAGACGGGGUUGAAAGCGUCCUGGCACCUGGGGGUGGAUGCUCCCUUCCGGAGAAAAGCAGCUUCUCUCUCCAGUCCUCGAAAGAACCCUCUUGAGAGGAUGCCCUCGCAGGGCCGGCAGGCUGCCUUCCGAUCUCCAGCAUGGCACCGCUUACGCUCUAGCUGCAUGGUUGUGCGAGUGGAUGACCUGGACAUCCACCAGGUUUCUACAGCUGGACAGCCAAGCAAGAAGCCAUCAACACUCCUUUCCUGCAGCCGCAAGCUCCACAACCUGCCUGCUCAGAUCUCUGCAAUUCAUAUCGAGUUCACCGAGUAUUACUUUCCGGAUAGUCAGGAGCUCCCAGUUCCCUGUCCCAAUCUCUACAUUCAGUUAAAUGAUCUGACAUUUACGGUGGAUCCGGUCAGCCUGCUCUGGGGAAACCUCUUCUGCCUCGAUUUAUACCACAGCUUGGAGCAGUUCAAAGCUAUCUAUAAGCUGGAAGAUUCAAGGCGGAAAGAUGAACACUUGGACAUCCGGCUGGAUGCGUACCGGUUGAAAGUGAGCUUCCCACUGGAGAAGAGAGAGCUGGCAAAGUUGUAUCGUCCCCAGGCCCUUGUCAUCUCUGCAUCUGGCAUGGUUGCCACCAAUACCCGUCAUGCUCCACACUGUGGCUGUUCUGACCUUCAGAAUCUCUUCCGGGGUUUUGCUGCUACGGAGUUCUUUCAUUCUAAUUAUGGUCACUUUCCUAAGGUGCCUGGUGGCUUUAGCCUUCUGCACAUACUGUUUUUGCACCAUGCCUUCCAGACAGAUUCUGGCUUCUCUCGGCCUACUACCCUCCCUCCUCAGAGGCCUAAGACUUCCCAGGACCUCUGGUCCAUCCACUUUACCCAGAUUUCUUUGGACUUUGAGGGAACAGAGAAUUUAAAAGGCCAUUCCUUGAAUUUUGUGGCCCCUUUCCCCUUGUCCAUUUGGGCCUGCCUGCCCCUCCGCUGGCAACAAGCCCAAGCCCGGAAGCUCCUUUUGGCCUCAGAAGGAAGGCUGAAACCGUCAGCUAGCUUUGGAAGUCCUGUCCGAUCGGAGGCCCUGGCCCCUGAUUCUGUGUCCCAUCAGAGGUCAAAGACUGAGCAUGAUCUGAAGAGCCUUACGGAAGUCACGCAUAUUCUAGGAGAAGGCAAUGGUGCAGCAGACAGCAAAGGGCUUCCGGCAGAGCUGGAGGAUGCAGCUGAUGUCCACAUGCUGCUGCACUCCCCGGCCCACAUCUGCGUGAGGCUGGACCACUACCAGUACUUGGCCCUGCUCCGCCUGAAGGAUGUGCUGCAGGGGCUUCAGGAACAGUUGGCCAAGGACACACAGGCCAUGACUAGGUCUGCUCUGCAGGACCAGACAGCUUGCAUUGGUGUCCUCUUCCCCAGUGCUGAAGUGGCUCUGCUCAUGCAUCCUGCCCCUGGGGCUGUCGAUGCAGACUCUGCUGGCUCAGACACCACCAGCCUCGUAGAUUCUGAGCUGUCCCCCUCAGAGGAGCAGGAACCAAAGUCUGAUGCAUCCUCUGAGCAGGGCCUGGUAAGCCCUGAGAAGGUCCUGGAGGACAGCAGCACAGACAAUCUGGGUGAGUCCCAGGAGAGGCCGCACAGCAAUGGAGGACUGCAGGACCUGGGUCCCCCUGCACUGCUGGCGGCAGGGAAAAGCCGUGAGGCUGUUGAGUCCCUACAGGCCAAGAGGCUGAGCAGAGCCCAGGCCUCCAGCUCACCUGCUGUGUCGAAAUCCCCAGUGGGCAAGGAUUCUCCUGUGAAUGGACAGGGGGAGCCUAUCCCCCUGAAGAACAUUGAGGAAGAAUUAUCAAGUGCUAUCCACAUGACCAAGGAUGCGACCAAGGAGGCUCUGCAUGCCACCAUGGACCUCACCAAGGAAGCCAUGUCCCUGACUAAGGAUGCCUUCAGUCUGGGCAGAGAUCGAAUGACCUCCACCAUGCACAAGAUGCUGUCCUUACCCCCAGCCAAGGAGCUCGUGGCCAGGGCAGACGAGGGAGUGGCAACCCCAAUGAGUGGAGGGGCUGGCCGACUCCGAUUUUUCUCCAUGAAGAGGACAGUGUCUCAGCAGUCAUUCGAUGGUGUCUUGCUGGAUAAUAGUGGCCCUGAAGACCGGAUUUCGGUGGACAGUGAUGGCAGCGAUAGUCUCGUGAUGCUCCUGGAGUCUGAAUCUGUUCUAGAAUCUGUUCCGCUGGGCUCUCUUCCAAGUGUCUUGGAUGACACUGGUGUUCAGGGCAGCCCUAUUGUGGAUAAUUGUGGCCAAGCGUCCUCAGAGGCCGAUAGCUCGGUUUCCCCCAGCGCGGAGGACCUCGUCCUUCACCCGGUCUCAGUCCUGGUCCUGAAGGUGAAGGAUGUGGCUUUAGGGAUUGAGGUACGUGGUGAGGACCUGACUGUCGCUUUGCAAGCAGAAGAACUGGCCCUGCAGCAGCCCGGCACCAUGGGACUCUGGAAGUUCCUGCAUGGACAGUGCCCUGGUCCGACCCUCCAAGAAUCCUCAAGUGUGCAGACUGACCACGUCCGCCCAGCCGUGGGCCUUCGCUUUGAGGUGGGGCCGGGUGCAGCUGUUCAUUCUCCCCUAGCUAUACAAAAUGGUUUCCUUCACUUUGUGCUUCAUGGCUGUGAUGUUGAGCUGCUCACUUCGAUGCUGAAUGGCUUGGGCCCCUUUCUGGAGGACGAGGAAGUUCCAGUGGUUGUCCCCAUGCAGAUUGAGCUCCUAAACUCCAGUGUCACCCUGAAGGACGACAUCCCCCCCAUCUAUCCAACGUCCCCAGGCCCUGUCCCCAUCACCCUGGCCAUGGAGCAUGUUGUGCUGAAGCGCAGUGAUGAUGGUGUCUUCCACAUCAGCGCUGUUGCUCAGGACAGACCACAUGCCACAGUACCUGGAAAUGAGAAGAGGCAGCCCCCCGAAGAACAGGUGGUGCUGGCACCCACUGGAGAGGUUUUUGGACAGCAGGUGAAAGCACUGCCUGCCCUGCAAAAAGAACUUACAGAAACUAAGCAAGCAUUGGCCAGGGCCAAGCAGGAGAAAGAAAAGCUUCUUCAGGAAAUUAGGAAAUAUAACCCCCUCUUUGAACUCUGGUAGCAGAGCCAUCCGUGCCAAGGAGAGAAGUGAUCACCAGCAGCAGCAGCAUCUAGGACGGAAGGUGCCCUCCGGUGUGGACUCCUCUGCUGAGGGGGCCUGAGGGCCCGGGCGUGCUUGCUCCUGGCUAUUGUAACUUUGACAGAGGACAAGGCAGAGCAGGGCCACAUUCCAGGAGAGCGCAGGCAGCUUCGUGUGUGGCUCCAGCGGUGUGUCAGGCCUCAGAGAGCUCUUUGGCCCUCUGUGCUAGGUGAAUCUUCUCCGCUCCACAGAGCCAUUUCACCUCCUGGCUUCAUGGCAGAUACUUGCUUCCUUCACAGCCCGUGUGAACAAGUCACCGUACUCGCCACCUCUGUCACCCACAGAUCCACCAAAGAGUCCACGUCCCAGGGCUUCCUGAAGCAGCUCCGGGCAGGUCUUGGCCUGAGCUCUGGCCUUGUGAGUGGAAUAGGACAGGAAGUAGGCCAGCAAGAGAGUGGGGUCAGGAAAGGCACACACGGAGGGAGCCGCGGUCUCAGGCUGUUGCAGAUGAGGGUCAGGCUCCUCUGUUUUGGCUGACAGCCCCACCAGCUUGGUUAGGGUGGAACCUUCCUUCAGUGGGUGUUGUGCCAUCAUGGUGAGGCUGUAAUGGGAGGUAAACAGCCAUCUCAUCUUUCCUCCGUCUCCAUAAUUUAUUUGGAAUUAAAAUAAAGAAGAAAUGUUUGCUCUGAGCUAGGUUGCAGGCAUGAUAUGGUAGGGGACUUGUGUAGGGCACCCUGAUUCUGAGCCCCCUUGACUUCUGCCCCUGCCGCAGCUGUGCCUGACAAGUCUCUUCCGAGGUGUCCCUAGGGUCCCGGCUCAUCUGCUUUGCAGCGCUGGGACUCCUGCCCGUGCUCACCUCAGUCCGUGGUGGCUUGGCAGCCGAAUGUGUUUCCUAUACUUUACUGUGAAGAUCUUGACCUCUCACUCCCCCCUUUAAAAUCAUGGAAUUUUAACUUACGAAGCAGAAGCAGGAAAAAACCCCUUCAGGCCACCCAGGUUUGUCUCUCUCCCCUACCUAAGUGCUGUUUCUUCCACUUCUUAGUUCUCCAGGACUCUGUCUUCACCCGUGAUGUGCUUCCAGCUGGGCCGAUGGGACAGGAGUUCAUCAGCUAACUUGCCUUGACCUGGCAAGACGGUGGGACAGUUAGUGACAUCCCUGAAGCUUUCACCCUGUUUGUCCUACUGAGGAGAGAUAGAGUGGUUUCUUUGGUGGAAGUCAUGCUUGACUUGAAUGCUUUUGUUUUUUGGGGAUGAAAAACAUGCAUUCUUGAAGGAACAAAAUAUUAUGUUGAGAAUCUUUAAGGACUAUUGUCGAGUUUCUUCGCUAAGGCAAGUUUUUAAACAGUUACUGUGAGGUUGUGGAAACCUGUCAUUCUCGGGAAACACUCAAAAGACUUAGGAAUAACGAAACCCUUUCCAAAGGAGCUGUUAAGGAGGACAUUCCUAAGGUUUGGUACUCAGUUCAGCCUUCCAGAGGGCUUUAUUAGUGACUUACAUGUAGGCUUUUACAGUGAAAAAAGCGGUUUCUGCUUUUAAGGAAACCAAAGGCAGAUGAGAAGAGGUUUUUAAAAGCCACAGAGCCACAGAAAAGGUCACAAACAUGGCUGUGAAUAGUGAAAAUUGAGAGGAUCGGUAUGGCUCUGUGGAGAGAAUGGCGGCGGACAGUGCGGGGAGAGGCUCUGGGCUCGGGAAGGAGCCGAGCCGGCUGAGAGUGAGGGGCCGGGGUGCUGUGCCGGCUGCCAGGGCGGGCACUGUGGACCUACUCAGGAUGGCACCUGACGUGCCACUGGGGAACUUUUUUCUCCCCUGUACCGGGCAAGUGCCCUGCCAUAGAGCUGUACCCUUAGUCCUCUGAGAUGUUUGUUUUGUGGUCCCACGGAUGCGCUAAGCAGGUACUCAGCCAUUGAGCUAUACCACCAGGCCCUUAAGAGUUUUCGUUACUCAUUUACUUGUUUUAUGCUACUAGGAACUGAACCCAGUGCCUUUGCACUGAGCUACAUCCCAGCCUUCCUUUCAUUUUUUUCUCUUUAUUUUUUAUUUUUUGACAAGGUCUUGCUAAGUUGCUAACUGCCCAGGCUGGCCUCGAACUUGGAUCCUCUUCCCUCAAGUCUCCUAGGUAGCUGGGCUUGUGCACCACUGUGCCUAAUGUUAUGUUUUAAUUGAAUUAUCCGUGCAUUUCUGGUGACUUCAUUUAUCAGCUUUAUGCAGAAAGGAGGAAAUGUUCAGAGAACAGCAAGCAUUCUGAGACAGUGGAGGUACUUUCAGACGAGGGUGUCAUCUUUUAACAUGCAGACUGUGUUCUUCAAAGGUGACGGUUGCUGGGCUGGGGAUGUAAGUUAGUGGCACAGCACCUGCCUGGUAAGGGCAAAGUCAUGAGUGUGAUCCCUGGUACCAAAAAAACCCCAAAACAAAACAAAGACAGCUACGGGGGUAUUGGGUCCAUAUCUAGUCAAGAGCAAGGACUCAGUUCGAAAAUGCUGCUUGCUCUAGGGCUGUACCUCACCACCUUGGUAACACACUGCAGCAAACUGGAAACUGAAGAGCUUUGGGUGUAAGUGGCACCAGCCUAACUUCUGCAGGACGACAGAAGGUGUAAGAAGCACUCUGUGUGAUGGCCCCCCAAAGGGAGUGCUAGACGGCGGCUACUUGGUGACCACAAUAAUGAGUGGUCCCUCCACAGACUGCAUUCUGCUUAGCGCUUCAUUCUCAGGCUGCAUGCUGAGCCAGGGGGUCCCCAGUGCUCUCAAGUGGGGCACAGCUAACGUUCUUGGGGUGGCGGCAGAGGAGGGCCAUGUAGUAGCCAGGAAAUAGAAUUCUUCAAUCCCAGGCUCACCUCAGUCGUCUACGAAUCACACCUGGACUCUCUUCCCCUCUCUUCUUCCCCAACCUCGGACUCCCUGUGGCAUUCCUCCAGGCAAGGAGAAUGUCUAGACGCCCGGCUUGCCCUACCUCUCUGUAGGCUAGCAACAGGGACAUACCAGCGCGUACCGAGGCGGACUCUGCUGUAGAAGAACCCAGUCUCAGGCCACAUUGUCAGGGCUGCGGGCUGUGAGGCCGCCUGCAGUUCUGUCCACGCGUCAGAUGUGGCAGCUCUCAGAAAAUGUGGUAGGAUGUAGGGUGCAUUAUGCCAUGGGGCUUUAGUAAAAGCAUCCUGUGUGUGGUCAUUCUCCUGCCACUGGGGAGCAAGGCUUUUUAAUGAAUUGUGCAGGCCGGUGGUAGUCUUCAGGGUAAGGGUGAAGGAAAACGAUAGAGGGUGAGCCCUUGGGGACAGCUUGUAAUCCCGGCAUGGAGCUCAACACUGAGUAAGAAAUGACACCUCUGCAGCGCCCGGAGCCAUGGCAUCCCUGUACCUCAGCCCCCAGCUGCUGCGCACCAUUCAUAGCCAUGUCAUUUCCCGCACACAUGGGAUACGAGGGUGUGCUUUCGUGUGGAUGCAUCCGUGUUUCCCCUCUCUCUCUUUCCAAUUUACUGGAAUAAUUGACCUAAGUUUCUCUAAGCCGGGGCGGGGGGGGGGGGUGCUGGUCACACGGUGCUGCUUUGUACUGGUUCACACGGCCUCCUUUUGCCAUGGCCUCAACCUUUGUGCUGCCGCCCCCUCAGUUCUGAAGAAGGUUCCCGUGUGUGGAAUGUACAAGGGAUUGAACACCAUCUCUCACCAACCCCGUCCCCGCAGUGCUUUCGUGUGGCUCACUGGCUGUGCAUUGCUUUACCCCUAGGGGGAGGCAGAGGCUGUGGAAAGAAGGUUCUGUCCUUGGACAUAGGUACAGCUGUGUGGGAAUUGUCCUUUCUGUUCCAUUGCACUGCCCUCUGCUUCGCCUGCCAAUUUUCUAUGAAACUGGGAUUCCAACUCAGGACCUUGUGCUUGCCAGGCAGGCACCGUUCCAGAGUUAUAUCCCUAGCCCCCCAAUUUUAAUAUUCACUGAAACUUCUAAAAUCAGUUAUUCAAAGUCACAAAACUCUAAAAAUGAGUGAACUUUGGAAUACAUGCUGAUGGAAUGACAUGUGAUUGGGGACGGUGAAAGCUGUGCUGUGGCCUUGUGAUUUGUCCCUGUCAUCUGAGAACCUGGAGUAGUGCACAGUUGGAAGCUGCCAUUCCUCUCGGGUAGUGUGGACAGUCAUUAUCAGGGAAUGGGUUUUCCAUUCCCCAUGGCCCAAGAGGGAGGUAAUCUUGUGUAUUGUUUAACAGUAAGGCCUGCUGAGUGGCCAGGUUUGGGAUUUGAUCUCCCUCCUGUGUUAUUUUCAGCCAUGGCCAGUAUCUUCAUUUGCAAUAGGCGUAGUGUCUACAACUGUUUAUAAAAAGUUCCUGUUAGAACUGAGAGAAUAUCUUUUUGUCAGUUCAUUAGUUUUUGGUUAAGAUUUAGCCUGUGUUACAGCGUUUCUUUUGUGGACUGUUCCACAGAGGUGUCUUUUCCUCUAAUUACAUACGGCCUUGCGUUUUAAUGUAAGAUACUAAAAGUCAAAUCUGUCCAGCUUUCUAAGUUAAGAUGUUUCCCCCACUCAGGGUGCUAAACAGAACUGGAAUCUACUACAUCUGCUCAAAGAAAGCCACAAGACAGCAGCCUCAGAACCCUUCUCCUGCAACACUGGGUAGUUGGUUUCUGGGGAUCACCAGUUACGUAUUACUAUGUAACUAGCCUUAUUACUGCUAACCACUGUCAAUAAAAGGUCACUGCAUCUCCUCUGUGUUAGGACAGCACUGGCAAUGUAUGUGAGGAACUUGAGUCCUGGUCAGUAUUGGAAAAUUUCAAUGUUGCAAUAUCGAAUCCCACCCUGAGUGUACUGGUUCUGUGAACCACCUGAAAAACAAAUUAAACUUAUUGAACAGCA